GAACGCCUUGGACGAGAACAGCUCGUCCUCGUACGUCUCGUAGGGCCCCACAGCGGCCUCCAGCGCGCUGGUGUGGUUGAUUUUCAGCCACGAACACCUCCGAGUCCCAGGUACUUGUUGCUCAGGAAGCCGCUUGCCGCGCCAUGCGCAGGAACUCGCCAAAGCUCUUAUCGCUGACCAGCGUGCUUGCCUCCUGCAUCAGCCUGGCCGCCGGCGCCAGGAACUCCCGGUACUCGUCCGCAUAUCUACUGAGCACCAGCCUUGCACUUUUUUAUCUCUUUUCACGACAUCGUAGAACCCCUUGGCGCGCGCCUUGUCUUCUCGCUAAGCGUUCCGAGCCACAGUUCAAACUCCUUCUUAUCCAUGUCUUCCGGGAUACACAUUGUUCGAACCAGUGUUUGCCAGAUCUUUUGCCUCCUCGCUAUCUGGCCUUGCCUGCUUGCAGCUUCUGCCGCAUCGCCGGAGCGCCUGCCCAGAUCUGCUUAAAGUACGCAGCGUUGAGCAGGUCCGAGACGUCUGCCAGCUUCACCAGUGCGCGCUUGUCGCCCUCCGGUCAGGUGCGAGAGGUCGGCGCGCAGCUCCGUCGGCCUGUAGUUGGACAGACGCUGCUUGACCGUGAGCCCGCUGGAGGACGCAGUGGAGAGGUUGCUGGUGACCAUGAGGACGGACGUGACGAGUGCGAAUGUCUUUCGGAGUGGCUGUAGCCCAAGCGCAAGGGGGUUGAAAUUCGAAAGUUUGGAAAACAUAAGAGACAAAGAGUGGUGGGG